AGCUUGCAAGCAUGUGCACUAGAUUGUGAAGCAACUCACACAUCUUGCAAUCUCCUCCAACAACCGAAGAUGCAGAAGCAGGAGCUUGGGCCGAUGAGCUCGCUUCUCAAGGACUGUUGUAAGAUAGCAGGCUUUGCCUACGGGGAGGUAUGGGCCCGAGAAGAUGUGGAAAUAGCAAAGAUCUUGUCGACCGGGCAGAGGUUGGAGCCAGCAGACGUCCUGCCAAAACUCGCGCAACGUGCCGAGGUCGAGAUGUCCAGGGUGGGUGACCUGUCGGACGUCAAAGUCGACCUCGUCCCGCUUGCAGACGAUCAUCAUGUGACAGAGAGUGGGAGGGAGGACAACGGGGCAGCGAGUGAGUCCCAUGGGGACGACGGAUUGAUAAGGGUCAAGGCUCCCUUCCAACCCGUUCGGGAGUUUCGUGCACAAUGCCAACUCUGUGAUCCACAUCGACAGGUUGAAAUGGGACGAAAACGGACUGAACAACACCAUGUCGUUCAUGAAUCAGUACGUUAUCAUCAACCAGCUCGUCAAAUAAAAUUCUGGAAUCAGAGAGCAAGUGCUCGA